AUGUUGAAAUCCGUUGCAACCCCUUAUUAUCCUAUUCAGGAUAAUGAAAAACCAAAGCUUUUAUAUACAUCUGCUAAUUUCUUGGGUAUACCCACCAACAGGGGACAACCAAAAAUUGGUACAUAUCAAGGUCCAGAACUUAUCCGAAAAUCUAAUUUUUUCCAGCUUGUAGCUGAAGAUGGAAUACAGUUAAUUGACUGUGGAGAUGUUACACCUGUAGAACUAAGUGAAACAGAGGAUCCACAACGUUUUGGAAUGAAAUGGUCACGGAGUUUCUCAUUGACCACUUUAAAAAUAGCCGAACGUGUGGAGGGAUUAAUGAAACAGUCAACUAAACAUAAUACUGAAUCAAAUGAAUCAAAAUCAACUCCUUUAGUAAUUGUUGGUGGUGAUCAUAGUAUGGCGACUGGAACCAUACUUGGACAUGCUAAAGCUAAACCAGAUCUGUGUGUGUUAUGGAUUGAUGCUCAUGGUGACAUAAAUACACCACUGAAUUCAGCUUCUGGAAAUAUACAUGGAAUGCCUUUAAGUUUUCUAGUAAAAGAAUUACAAGACCAAAUACCGUGGUUGGACGACUUUGAAGGCAUAAAACCUUGUCUCAAUGCCAGUAAUAUUGCCUAUAUUGGUUUGCGGGAUUUAGAUGCUUAUGAAACACAUGAUAUUAGAAAACAUGGCAUUGCUUAUUUUACAAUGCUGGAUGUUGACCGAAUGGGAAUAGAAGCUGUUAUUAAAGAAGCAUUGCAAGCAGUAAAUCCAAGAUUGGAGAAAGCUAUUCACUUGAGUUUUGAUAUAGAUGCACUGGAUCCUUUAGUAGCUCCGAGUACUGGCACUGUUGUUCCAGGUGGUUUAACAUUACGUGAAGGUUUAAGAAUAUGUGAAGAAGUUUCAGCGACAGGAAAACUUUCUAUAGUUGAAUUGGCUGAAUUAAAUCCUUUGUUAGGAUCUAAGGAAGAUGUUGUAAAAACUCAAUCAUCCGCUGUUCAGAUUUUGAGAGCAUGUUUAGGCCAUUGUCGUUCAGGUCAUUUACCAUUCAAUGUUCGUAAUUUAACUGAUCAAGAGAAAACAUUCUUAUCAGUUAAGCUAAUUGACAUAAACACUGAUAACGUGUAUAAAAAAUAUGAACGAUCAUUCAGUGAACAUGAGAAUUUAAUUUUCAACAUUGAUUAUGCUAACUUUAGUAUUGAAAAACAAAAACAUGUAAAUGUAAAUUCAAAACGACAUUUAGGUUCAAUUGAUACAAAGCUAUUUGAUAAACAAGGUUUUAUACUGAAAAAGAAAUUCAAUAUGAAUAAUUUAAUUUUAUUUCCAUUUGAAACAGACAAUCCAUAUGAGGAUGAUAGAAUAUUAGCACAAAUGAGUUAUGUUCCUGUACAAGUGUUAGAAGCACGUAAAAAUGGACGGAUUCUUAUGAAACGUAUUUAUUAUCCAAGUAAAUCCUCUAAUUCAUUUCCCGAUCUGUCACAUUGUCCUGUGUAUGAAUGUAGUGUAAGUCAUACGAUUCAGCAAGCUGACUUAGUUGUUUUUGAAAAUGAUGCAGAUCUUAGUAGAUUAAAGAAACAAAAGAAUCAAUCUUGGCUGAUUUAUCAUCUUGAAUCUCCACGACAUUUUCCAUUCCCUAUGUUCAAAAACUUGAUUAAUUUCACCGCUACAUAUACAGUGGAUUCAACUAUAGUUACACCAUAUUAUAAAUAUGUACCAUUUUCAGAUAUGGUACCAAAAGAUUUAAAUCAUUCAAUUGAAUUUGAUAAAGAUUUUUCUAAUGGUAAAACUAAAAUGAUUGCAUGGUUUGUUAGUAAUUGUAAUGGUGGUGGUCCACGAAUGAAUUAUGCUAAGGAAUUAAUGAAAUAUAUCAAGGUUGAUAUCUAUGGUGCAUGUGGAGAUCUAAUUUGUGAUAAAUAUAGUAGCACGUGUUUUGAAUCAUUGAAAAAUGAUUAUAAAUUCUAUCUCAGUUUUGAGAAUAGUAUCUGUCAAGAUUAUAUUACUGAAAAGUUCUUUCUAAAUGCUCUUAAAAAUACUGUUGUUCCAAUCGUAAUGGGUGCAUCGAAAUCAGAAUAUGUAAGAUCAGCUCCAUCAAAUUCUUUUAUUCAUGUAGACGAUUUUAAUUCUGUCAAACAAUUAGCGGAUUAUUUGUACUAUCUAGACAACAAUAAAACUGCUUAUAAUGAAUACUUUAAAUGGCAUAACCAUGGAACAGUUGAUUUUAAUACAUUCACUGAUUGUCGACUAUGUAUGCUGGCGCAUGAAAUCGAUAACUUGGAACGACCUUAUUGGUAUGAAGAUGUAAGUCAAUGGAGAGUGAAUAGUUGUGAAAAUCGUAAAUUUCCGAUUAUUUGA